UGGAUAACGCAUAAGAAAAUGCAUAGCAUUCGCAAAAUAUCAGAUGCAGUUUUUUCUGAUCAUUCAGACUGACCUUAACAUUACUUAUUAGAUAGUUAUCUGUACUUUAUAGAACAUACAUUACGAACUUCUAUGUUAAUAGUAGUUUCAUAACUCACGUACUGUAUCAUGUGGCAAAUUAUUUUAAUUCAAAAUAUAUUUUAAUUAUGCCUACAGUUAAAUUCUGUUGUCAUGUUGUUUUAGUUUUUGAGUUUUACUACUGUUGCCUUCAGUUUAUCUGACCAUAGACCUUUAAGGCCAAAGUUAGACAGAACAUUUUGUAGGUUGGAGGUCGGUUUGUACUGAAGAUUUCCUGUGUUUAAGGGUCACAUAAGUUUACUUUGAGGCAUAGAAGAAACAGACAAGCAGGAUGUAGUCAUGAUUUAACAAUGUGUGACACCGUGUGCGUGCUGUGUGUGUGUGUGUGUGUGUGUGUGUGUGUGUGAAGGGUGUGUGUGUGAAGGGUGUCGGCACUCCACAUCUCCUCUUUUUCCAGUCGGCUCACUAAUGAUGCCACUCUUCUAGGAUAAGGAUCCACCCAGCUGUAAUUAACACAAUCUCAGUUUUCAAACAACUGGAGGAACUGCGACCAGGACACUAACAAGAGCAAAUUCUGUGUAAAAGAAGUGCAGGGGCAUUUGCAGUAUCAGGACCUCUGCUUACAAAGGUAGUAGUGUUGCAGUAAUGGAAGAAUCCUCGGAAGACUAUGGAAAUUACACCUACGAUUAUCUGGAGUAUGAAGACUUCAAGAAGAAGUCAAAGAUGGAUACUCCCAGAAGGAGGCUAUGCACAUCAUAUCAGUUGUCAUAUAUAGUAUUUCCUUUGUGCUUGGUGUCACUGGAAAUGGAAUAGUCAUAUGGGUGACAGCAUUUAAAAGCAAACGGACAGUGAACAGUAUAUGGUUGCUGAACAUGGCUAUAGCAGACUUUGUGUUUGUGCUCUUUUUACCUUUCUCCAUCGACUACGUGCUUCGAGACUUCCACUGGUCCUUUGGGCUGGUCAUGUGUAAACUAAACUCAUUUGUGUCUGUGAUGAACAUGUACGCCAGUGUGCUCUUUCUCAUGAUUCUCAGUCUAGACAGGUAUGUCUCAUUGGUCCACCUUAGCUGGUCUCAGAGGUGUCGCACUAUAAGGCGAGCCUGGACCGUAUGUGGCUGUGUGUGGGGGGUAUCUGCUCUACUGAGCCACCCUACCUUGAUAUUCCGUGACACUAUGCGUAUACAUGGCAGGGUGGUGUGCUUCAACAACUUCAAUGUCCAGGAUGGACAUACAGCUGCUGUGAGACAUAUCACGCUGGUGGCCGUCCGUACCACAGUGGGCUUCCUACUGCCCUUCAGCGCCAUCUGCGUGACUGGAAUUCUCCUGGCAAUCAAAGUCCACCAGUCUGAAGAUUCUGUGCGCCUAUCCAGCUUCUCUAAAAUAGUUUCCGCUGUCAUUCUGGCCUUCUUCUUUUGCUGGGCACCGUUCCAUACCUUUAGUUUAAUGGAGCUUUCCAUGCACUCUUCACUGUACCUACAUACUGUUCUGAAGACAGGCUUUCCUCUUGCUACUAGCUUAGCCUUUUUCAACAGCUGUGUCAACCCCCUCCUCUACAUGCUGGUGGGCAAGAAGGUUCGCCGGCUCCUGAAGCGCUCGUGUCUGGACAUCACAAAGAGUUCUCUGCGGGAGCUCAGCCAGUCCAUCUCUGCAACUGAAUCAGUGACUGUAGCAGACAUCAGUCCUUCAGACAUCAAUCCACUAGAGGAGCCCACAGAAUCAUCAACUGUAUGAUUAUAACGCAGUACUUCCUAAACCCACAGUUAACUGUAUAGAAGAAAUCAACAAGAGCUGCUAUUUUACCUUUGAGAGCCAGCCUGACCAUUAUUUGACCAGAUGUGACUUAUUUUAUAUUCUACUUCAGUGUAACAUUUCUGCUAGUUGUUUCAGUUGGAUACUUCCAAGCAGCAAUUACUCAGAGUGCCAACUUCUGUUGACUGUAAAUUGCCCUCAGUGGAAAACCUGAGUAAAGACGUGCGCUAAAAGUAUAACUUGCACAGGGAAAAAGAGGUAACUUUAAUGAUUUGAAAAAAGAAUCUGAUCCUAAUUACCCCAAAAACAAACAGGAAAGGGGGCCAACCAUCCCCACAGCCUCUGGAACAGGAAUUAUUAGAAGCAGAUCUACCAUUUUCAUAAACACUUUGUAUUUAGAUUUCGGUCUUUAAACAAAUCCAAGUUUAACCCUGAUGGGAAUUUGCACAUCUCAGUAGGCCUUCUAUUUCCCUUAGGAAGAUAUUACAUUGAAAAGGUAUGUUUUCCUUUAUAAGCUCAUUUCCUGUUGUAGUGUUCUCUGUUAUUAUACACUCAAAAAAAAUGCUGGGUUAAAAACAACCCAAUUUGGGUAAAUAUUGGACAGAACACAUGUUGGGUUAUUUUGACACAGCCAGUUGGGUCUCAAACAACCCAUUGUUGUCUUUAAAAAGAGAAAGGUUGGGUUGUUGAGCUAUGAUCCACCGGGUCAGAUCAGAAGACUAGAGGCGUGGCUUAUUAGGGGUGUGGUUUUCAGAUAGCUAUUUUUGGCCACCUGUGAGAGCAAAUGUCAUUCCGGUUAAUCUGUUCUGUUGUCUUGUCAUCACAUGUUAAGGUUGAGCACUGACACUUUUGUAGCUUUAAUAAGGCUUAUUACAUUUAAGUCAUUUAGCAGACGCUCUUAUCCAGAGCGACUUACAGUUAGUGCAUACAUUAUUUUAUC